AUGGAAGGCUUUGGUGAACCUGAUAGAGUAGAGAAUGCAAUGUGUGACGAUGACUCUGACCAGGAGCCUGUUGAUAUCAUCGGGGACAGUGACGACGACACAGGUGCCAAUCCACAUGCGCAACAUGGGCCUUCAAGUUCUGCUUCUCAACAUGCGGUUGAAGAACUAGUGAAAGAAGACAACAAGGAGGAUUUUGUGCUUAAAGGUGAAGAAAUAGUUGAAAGGAAAAUCAUUGAGGACGAAUACGAUUGCUACCCUCCACACUUCUCCACACUAAACUUGGAGGUUCUGGGUCAACAGGAGGACGGUGGUAACACGGUCGGGGGCUCUUCUACAGAAUUUCAGAUUGGGCAAUCUUUCCAGAAUAAAGAUGAGGCUGUGCUGAGUGUGAAGGACUAUAGCAUCCGGCAAGGUGUUGAGUAUAGAGUCAUCGAAUCAGAUCAUCUGAAGUAUUAUGGAAAAUGCAAUGAUCACCGUCAGCUAGAUUACCACGUUAUCUGUGCGAGGAUUCUUCCGUUGGUUAGGGCAGAUACUGCAGUUACGGUAAAGGUACUGCAACAAGCUACAGAAGCCAAUUAUGGUUUCAGGCCUAGUUACAGGAAGGUUUGGAUGGCGAAGCAAAAGGCAGUGGCACAAAUAUAUGGAGAUUGGGAAGAGUCAUACGCGGAGUUGCCACGUUGGAUGCUAGGAGUACAGUCAACAAUGGCCGGAACAAUAACCGUGUUGAAGACCUCUCUUGUUCGGCUUCGUGGUGAGGUUGAUGAGUCGACGGUGUACUUUCACCGAUUAUUCUGGACAUUCCCACCCUGUAUCGAGGCAUUCCAUCAUUGCAAGCCCCUCGUCAGUAUUGAUGGUACCCACUUGUAUGGCAAGUAUGGAGGGACACUGCUAUUGGCAAUAGCGCAGGAUGGGAACUCCAACAUCCUCCCCAUUGCAUUCGCCCUUGUGGAAGGAGAAAAUGUAGAGUCGUGGUCAUUCUUCUUGUCCAACCUACGAGAGCAUGUGACUCCUCAGGAGGGUAUCCUUGUAAUCUCUGACAGGCAUAACGGGAUCAAGGCAGCGCUUGAGGCACCUGAGACUGGGUGGCUGCCUCCACGUGCUUUCCGAGCGUACUGUAUUUGGCAUGUGGUAGCGAAUUUUGCCCUAACUUUCAAAGGUAAAGAUUCAAGGAGAAUGUUAGUGAAUGCUGCCUACGCAAAGACUGAAGCAGAGUUUUAUUACUGGCUUGACAUCAUGCGGACUGAGAAUCCAGCAAUGUAUGAAUGGGCCAAUCGGAAGGAGUACGACAAAUGGACCCAACAUGAGGAUAGUGGUAGACGGUUCGGGCACAUGACAACCAACAUCAGUGAAUGUGUGAACUCGGUCCUAAAGGGAACUCGAAACCUCCCGGUCACAUCGUUGGUUCAGUCAACUUACGGGAGGCUUGCUCAGCUUUUUGUGGUACGGGGACAAACAGUAGAUGCACAACUCGGAUCUGGUAAUGAAUUUUGCCAGGCAUUGGCCAAGGCAAUUGAUCGGAAUCUAAGAGACUCAAGGUGCUUCACUGUCACGUUAUACGACAGGCAUCAAUCGGAGUACACCGUGGCCGAGACAACACCAACCGGGCGCUUCUCGCUGGGUAGCUAUAGAGUUUCCCUUAAAGAUUACAGAUGCGACUGUGGCCACUUUCAGGCGCUGCAUUAUCCUUGUUGCCACGCCAUUGCAUGUUGCGCCUACUCCCGCCUUAAUUGGACGUCUUAUGUUCACGAGGUGUAUCGUAUGAGUGAAGUUUUCAACGUUUACAAGCAGGGUUUUGUUCCGCCUAUCCCGGAAGGCUUAUGGCCUCCAUAUGCUGGGCCAACCAUCAUUCCUGAUCCUAACAUGAGGCGUGCAAAGGAAGGUCGUCCAAGGGCAACCAGGAUCCGUGGUAGUAUGGAUCAGUCUCUGGAGAACCAGCCGAAGCGCUGUGGGCUAUGCCGUCAGGCUGGGCAUACACGGAGGAACUGUGACCAGCGAAGACAUACUACCGGGGGGAUGCGUAGAUGUCAUUACCUUGUUGUUUUACUUGUUUUAUGA